UAUUGUUUUGAAAAGUUUAAAAAUUUCGAAAAGUAGAAAAGUAGAAAUAGUUCAUCAGUUAGAGUUAUGAAAAGUUAUUCAGAUUUCCCUACAACUAGAACUGAGAUUAGUUAUAAAAGUAAAAACAAUGUUUCAGAUACUUUUGAUAAAAAAACAAUAAACACUAAUGAAAAUAACUUGUCCCCAUCAAAUAAAUCAAUGCUUAAUGUACCUGCAAAUACGAUAACAGUUUCUAUGAUGAAAAUGUUAAGUCAAGUUGAAAAAGAUUUGCUAAGAGAUGAACUAAACAGAGAAAAAGAAUCAGAGUUUCGACAAAUUAUUAAAUAUAAAGAUGAAGAAAUGAAAAUUUUAAAAAAGACUUUACUCGAAGAAAAAAUGUAUGAAGUUCACAAUUUAAAUGACGAAAUUCGAAUAUUGCGAGAAGAAAUAAAACAUAGUAGAGUAAGAGAUCUAGAAAUGGAAAUAGAAAACCUUAAAACUAACAAUGAAAAAUGUAAUGAGCUAAUUAAGAAAAAUAUAACAUUGAUUAAUAAAAAAGAUGAAAUAAUUAAUAAAAUGAAGUUGGACCAUGAGCGUGAACUAAAUAAGAUUCUUCGUGAAGCUAGAAGAGAACAUUCUAAAAGUAUAUCUGAACUUCAGCAGAUAAAGAAAUCUUUAAAUGAAAGUAACUGCACUAAGGAUGCAAAAAAUGAUGCUUCUGUUAUAAAAGAUAUUAAUUGUGCAUCAUGUGAAAAAUUACAAAAAGUUGAACAUCAAAAGUUAACAUUAAAUUCAAUAAAAGCUGAAGAAGAAUUCAAACAUCUAGUAAUACGAAAUGUUGAACUUGAAUCCUUAGUUCAAACACUUGAAGAGCAAAUUGAGCAAUUUAGAUGCAAUUGGAAUGAUGCACUGAAAAAAGUUUUGUUAGAAAAGUCCCAAGAAGAAUCAAAAGUUGUUGCUAAUAUCAAAAAGACAUUUGCAAUCCAGCGUGCAAGAGAUUUAGCUGAUCAUGCACGAGUUAUUAUGCUUAAAGAUAAGGAAAAUAAAUUGUAUCAAUCAAUUAUAGAGGAUAAAGAUAAACAGCACAAAGUAUUCCUUGAAAAUGAUGAAGCACUUCAGUUUGCUGAAAAAGAACGUUUGCGUCUUGAAAAGCAGUUAUUACAAUCUUCUUUAAAUGAAGAACAAUUACAGCUUGAUGUUCACAGAUUAACGGAAACCAAUAGUUCUAUUGCAUAUGAGCUAGAAAAUUUGCAGAAAAUUCAUUCUGAAUGUUUACUCAAGAAAAAUGAACUCGAUCAAAUCAGUAAUGAAUUGAUUAAAACAAAAGAAUUACUUCAUAAUGAAGAAGAAAAUGUCAUCAAACUGGAAACAAUUCUGCUGAAUAUGAAAAAUUUAGAGUUGAAAAAAGAAAAUAAGGAAUCGCAAUGCGAUUUUUUGGUUUCAUAUGGUGCAAUCUGCAAUGUUAAAGAAAACAAUAUUAAGUACCAAUCAAAGGAAGUUUAUACACAGUAUGAAUUACCUUCGUCAAUUAGCUCUUUGGAAAAUUAUUCAGAUAUCAAAAAAACUUCAGUUAACAGUUCUCAAAAACAUAAUUUUGAUACAAGUAUUGAAAGUAUAAAUGAUUUCAAUGUAUUUGUGUCAAGCUUUACUUAUGAUCCAUCAGUGUAUUCUCGUAAUGAAGAUUUUGAGAUGGAACUACCAUUAAAUAAAGGUGAUAAAGUGUAUGUUUAUGGUGAUAUGAAUGAGGAUGGUUUUUACCUGGGAGAAUUAAAAUCUGGUGAACGAGGAUUAGUGCCAUCUAAUUUCAUUGAAAAAUUUGAUGAUAAGUUUUCCAAUUCUGCUCCAAUAAAAGUUCACAUAAAAAGACAUUUAGACAAAUGUAUGAUAGUGGCUUGGUCACCUCCUUUAGAUAUCAAAGAUAUGACAAUAAUUAAAGGAUACACAAUUUAUGUAAACGGGGUUUUCAACCAAACUGUUCUUGGAGCUUUGAGAACAAAAGCUUUAAUUUCUGAUGUUGACUCAAAGUUUUGCAGUGUUAGCGUUUCAACAUUGAUGAUUGAUGGAGAGAUUUCUGAUCCUUUGCUUGCUACUGUUUCUUUUGGCAAUGAAGAUGUUUCUAAAGAAAAGCCAUGCAAGCAUACCUCAGACACUCAAGCAUCUUUUAUUGAUACUUUGUCAGAAAAUCAAAAUAAUGUCACUAACAACGAUUUCAUAAAAGAAUUAGCAAGCAAAAGUUUUAUAUUAACAGAUGAUAAAGAUGUGUUUUUUAAAAAUACCACUUUUUCAGGAGUAGUUUCAGAAAACAAUAACAGCAUCAUAAAAGAAGAUAAAUUUAUCAAUAGAAAUGAACAUUCUAAUUGCACUACUCUUAAUUCUGACAGCAUACUAGAUGAGAACAUUAUAGAAAAUGAAGAAUGUCUUGUAAUUCCAUGCAAUGAACUGUCUACCAUUGAGGAAGAAAAUGAAGAACGUCUUGUAAUUUCAUGCAAUGAACUAUCUACCAUUGAGGAAGAAAAUGAAUCUAGUGUUAGAAGCACAGAUUCAUUUUCAUUUGAUGAUAAGUUAUUAGAGGUUUCUUUUGUUAAAAAUAUUGAAAAAUCUAUUUUUGCAGAAAAAAACAAACUCACAAAAAAUGAUUUUCCUCAGUUCCCUGAAUGCAAAGGCUAUGAUGAAAUUAAAACAUUUCUUGAUGAAAAUAAACAAACAUUUCUUGAUGAAAAUAAACAAACAUUUCUUGAUGAAAAUCAUAACUCCUUUUCACUUGAUUCAGUUAUAUAUUCGGAUGAAAAAAAUGAAAUGCUAAAAGAUUUAAUGGAUGAUUAUCCUGAAUUACCACUUGAUAAUUUUGAUAAAUUACAAAAUGUAACUUCUACAAAGCAAUCAUCUCAAGUCCAUUUAAAUGAACUAAUUGGUGAAAAGGUUUUAAAUGAAUUGAUUGGUGAAAAGGUUUUAAAUGAACUGAUUGGUGAAAAAGUAGUUGAUAAUAAUUCACUAUUACUAUCUCCCACGUUUACAUUUGAUAAAAAAAAUAAUUUGUCCUCUAAACGUCCCUCCGAAAAAAGACCUCAUUCUGCAAGAAGAUCACUUGAUUUUAAUGAUGAAGAUAUUAAUGAAUAUUAUUCAAAGUCUACAUUAGAGGAAAAGAAUAAUAAAAUUGAUAAAAUUGAAAAUAAUUUUUGGGAAAGCCCUAGUGCUAGUCCUAGUGACACUUUACCUGUUACCAUGCCUCCACCUGUUACCAUGAUUGACAGUUCAGGUUCACCUUCUUUACUUAUUAAGCCUCCACCUGUUACCAUGUAUUCUUUUGGUAUGAUUGACAGUUCAGGUUCACCUUCUUUAUCAAAGGAACCUAAUCAAAAAGAUGUUAUUGAACAAGAUGAAUACUCUUUAACUUCACUUCCUUAUAAAGCUGCUUCUGUUAAAACUAACCAAUCACAUCAAUUUAUCAACAAUUAUAAAGCUGCUUCUGUUAAAACUAACCAAUCACAACAAUCUAUCAACAAUUUAGAUGAUAAAAAGUUAAAUAAUGAUACUGAAAGUAUUAUUUUGAACAAUUUUACUGAAAGUAUUAACUUAAAUAAAUUAACACCUAAGAAAAAUGUGUUUGAAGAAGAAGUUCGUGUGUUUGUGGCUUUAUACAAUUAUGAUCCAAUUACUAUGUCUCCUAAUAUUGAUUUUGCUUCUGAGGAACUUGGUUUUGAGGAAGGUGAUUUAAUUCAAAUUUAUGGAAGCAUGGAUGAAGAUGGUUUCUAUCUAGGAGAGUUAAAAAAUGUUAAAGGAUUAGUUCCUAGUAACAUGGUAAAAGAAGUUUCAAAUGGAACAAGCAAAAAUAAUUUAAAGAAUAUUAACCAAGAAAAAAAAAAUGUUAACCAAGAAACAAAGAAUAUUAACCAAGAAAAAAAAAAUGUUAAUCAAGAAACAAAGAAUAUUAACCAAGAAAAAAAGAAUGUCAAAGAGCACACAAAAAUAGAUGCAAAAGAUAAUCUUUUUGCCAGUAAAAGUGUGACUGAUCUUUCACAGGGUUUUGUUGUAAAAAGUAAAAGUGCGACUGAUCUUUCACAGGGUUAUUUUGUAAAUAGUUUAUCAGCAAGCAUGCCAACUCAGCUAAAUAAUUUGAAUCAAAAAAUAAUGAUCACAAUAUAUUCAUAUGAUCCAAACAUGAGCUCUCCAAAUGUUGAUUCUGAGGUUGAACUUUCAUUUCAAGCCAAUGAAGUUGCAUAUGUAUUUGGUGAAAUGGAUGAAGAUGGUUUUUAUAAUGGGUCAAUCAAUGGUAGAUAUGGACUUAUUCCAUCAAACUUUGUUCGAGAAGCUACUGAAAAUGAACUUUCAAAAUUGAAUGUGGAUUCUCCAAAGAUUAAAAAAAAGAAUUCAAUAUUCAAGAAGAGCAAGAAAAUUUUCUCUCGCCUAAAAAGAAAAUAACUUUUUUUUUGUCUUUUACAACUGUUAGCAUUUUGUUUUAUGAUAGUUAACUUCAUUAUAAAUAACAAUUAUAAUAAUAAUAACAUUUAUCAUUAUAAUAACAUAAUAAAAAACUAAACUUGUGUAUUUUUUC